GCCUUGGCAGGGAGGAGUCCAGCUUAGCCCUGCCCAGCCGGGCUGGGUCGCAAAUGCUUUGAAAUUUUGUGGGAUCCAUGGAUUCAGGAAACAGUAAGAAUUUCGAGACUACACUGAAGAGAGUCUAUCAUGAUCAUCUUUUUCCAAAGAUAAACACAAGUAAGAAAAUGUCCACCUUAGCAAAUUCACCUAACAGCCUGGAAGUGCCACCAGAGAUUAAGAAAAACUGUGGAGAUAAACAAGUAGAAAUCACAGCAGAAAGACUAAAAAUGGCAAAGAGCCUCAAAGAAAAACAAAGCAAUGAUUUAGAGAAAGUGGCCUUUAAACGGAAGGCAGAAGGUGAAGAAAAGCCAGCUGGAAAGAAAGAGGCAAAGAUGAUGGAACUUGACAAUCAGUUAAUCAGCAUGCCUCUGCCUCACAUCCCCUUAAAAAACAUCAUGGAUGUAGAAAUGAAGUUGGUCUACAUUGAUGAGGAGAACGUGAGCUAUGAGUUUGUACAGUCCUUCAUGUCCACUGGGAUUCAGCCAACACGCCGAGCUGCUGAAAUAGUAGACCCUGUGGGUACACCUAAUUUCAACUUUCUGCCUCAGGUUGACAAAUGGCUUCAGGUGGCCUUAAAGGAUGCCAGCUCAUGCUAUAGACAAAAGAAAUAUGCCGUGGCAGCAGGACAGUUCAGAACAGCACUUGAGCUUUGCAGCAAAGGAGCAGCUCUAGGAAAACCCUUUGAAGCACCUGCUGAAGAUAUAGCAAGUGUGGCGAGUUUCAUUGAGACAAAGCUUGUCACCUGCUACCUACGAAUGAGGAAGCCUGACCUUGCCCUGAAUCAUGCACACAGGUAA